AUGGCAGGGGUUGGCAGAGGCGACGGACAAGGACCGGCGGUCGGGAAACUCGAGUCCCAGAUUUAUUGUAUCAAGUACACUUUGUUCUGCUUCAACGUUGUACUGUGGUUAUUCGGAGUGUCAAUAUUCGCGCUAUGUCUCUGGAUAUGCUUCGAACCGGGUUUCAACGAGUGGAUGAGGGUAUUGGAGCUGCAGAAGUACUUCAUCGGCAUCUACAUCAUUCUCAUCGUAUCGCUGGGUAUCAUGAUCAUAGCGUUCCUUGGUUGCGGAUCAGCUCUUAUGGAGAACAUCUCCCUGCUACUCAUUUACAUAGGGACACAGGUGGGAUUAUUUAUAUUUGGUCUAAUCGGUGCAUGCGUCGUGUUGGACUUCUCGACGUAUGACUCCAGCAUCCAGCCUCUCAUCAGGAACGUGAUUCUUAGACUCGUGAACAACCCGCAACAUGAAGGCAGUCGCGAGAUAUUGAGGAUGGUGCAAGAAGGAAUUGGGUGCUGUGGGGCAGAUGGUGCAAUCGAUUUCAUAAACAUGAACAAGCCGUUACCUUCAGAAUGCCGUGACUCGGUCACUGGCAACGCUUAUUUCCACGGUUGCGUGGAUGAGCUGACUUGGUACUUGGAAGGUAGAACUGGCUGGUUAGCUGGCAUCGUUCUUGCCUCUUGCAUGAUUUGUGUAAUAAAUGCUGUCAUGUCCCUAGUCUUAAUCCAAGCUGUCAAGAAAGAGGAGGAAGAGUCAGUGGUGUAUAAAAAUUAAUGAAUAAAUUUUAAUAAUAUGUUAGAAACUUACUAAUUAGCUUUACGAUGUUAUAGAGAUAUAUUUCUUAAAUAAAAUUUAUUUUUAUAAAUUUAAUAUCAAUUAAUAUACUAUUUUAUAAUUAUAGAAAAAAUAAACAAGUUAUUGUGUUUACUACUCGUGAAAUAUUUUUACCACCGUUUUAUAGAUUUAGUUUUAACUGUAACACAACGAUAAUAGUUACCGUAUAUGUCACAAUAAAGUGGUUACCAACAA